AUGGAAGCCAAUCAUGCCACUGAUGAUCAGAGCUCCCCAAACCCAGUGGUUAUCCUGCCGGAGACGGCAGAAGCCGCCGCCUAUGUUCCAGUAAAUACCAAUGGAGCCAUCGUCAAAGACGAAACCCAAGAAGAAGAGAAGGAGAGCGGGGCAGAGACCAUAACAGACGACGAGCAGAGCGACGACCAGGAUUCCGAUAGCUCAGACGCGGACAGUGAUUACACCGUCUCUUCCGAAACAGAUGAGGAAGAAAGCUCCGACGAUAACACCGUCCCAGCCCUAGGAGAGGAGGAGCAAAGCUCAGGUGAGGAUGCCGAAGGGUCUGGUGUCGACAGCGAUCGCACUGUCCCUGCUGUAAGAGACGAGGAGCACAGCUCCGACGACGACAACAGCGACUACUCCGAAGACUAUGAAAGCCGCUAUCCUUUCCAGCGAUUCUACACUUGUCGCCCGAUAAGCGGGAACAGCAGGGAGCAUCUAGAACAGGGGAACCUGAUCAUAAUGCCGGAAUCGGCCCUGGAGGUUCUGCAUAGAACCCAACAAGGUUACCCGAUGCUGUUCGAGAUCAGGAACGGCUUGAAGGAGCGGGUUUCUCACUGCGGGGUGGUGGAAUUCACCGCCGAGGAAGGGACGGUGAUGGUGCCGGGGUGGAUGAUGGAGAAUCUGAAGGUGGAGGCAGGGGAGACUCUGCUCCUCAAGAGCACCAUUCUCCAGAAGGGCACCUUCGCCAAGCUUCAGCCGCAUUCCGCCGCCUUCUUGGCCAUAAGGGACGUGAAAACGGUGCUGGAACAGACUCUCAGCGCCAAGUUCUCCUGCCUGACCACCGGAGACACCAUUGCUAUCGACCUGGGCAGCAAGAAGUUCUACAUCGACAUUGUAGAGACCAAGCCUGAUGAUGCCAUCUGCAUUAUUGAUACGGAUUGCGCCGUGGACUUCGCUGUUCCAUUGGAUUACAAAGAGCCGGCGCCAGCCCCAGCGCCGCAGGAGCUUAGGGAAGAGGGAGUGGGUGGUCCCCGCUGUUUCAUACCGUUCACCGGAGUAGCGAGGAGGCUGAAUGAGACGGCAGCAGAGCCAAAGAGAGUGCAAGUUAGACCUGUGGUUACAGUAGCUGAAGCGGAGAAUAAGCAGUUUCAGCCAUUUACUGGGAGGAAACAUACCUUAGGUGGAUGA